AGUUUCGUUUAGACCGUAGUUGCGUUCGAACGUCAUGUGAAUAUUGUCUGUGAACGAGGGAAGUUCAAAUCAUUGUCGUGCAUUUAUUCUAAAUAAAAUUGUCGAUGUUUUUUUUUUCAAUUGUGGAAAAUUGAUGUUACUUGAUAUCUGUUUAUGUGACAAAAUAAUAUUUAUUUUCGGAUGAAAACAAUAAAAAAAAAUGAGUAAAACCAGAAAAGAUUUAGUGGGUGCUUAUUAGAAAAAACAAAUCUUUAUUAACACAAGAUAACAUUGAAAUUUCAAUUUUCUUCCAACGAUUGUAAUUUAAAUGAACAAUUUUUUUCCAUCGACAUUUGUGAAGACUGAAUAUUUUUUGCUGGCAUUUAAAAUUGUUUCAAUAAAGAGGUAGAAUCAAUCGUCCAUGUUGUGGUUUUCACUGUGGGCAAAACCGGUGUUAAAUGUGAAAUGUGAAAUGUAGAAAUAAAUAAGGUUGUUCGGUUCGGUGUGUGUAAAACAUUUUGUAAAUUCAAUUCUCGGAUCAUAGUAAAUCCAAAUUUUCUUCUAAAUUUAUAGUUAUUUAUCUCUAAUAAAUAUAUAUAUAUAUUUAAACCUAAUGUUCUGGUAAUUUCAAACGCAACAAUAUUAGCAUUUCUGGCUAUUUGCUGAUAGCAUCGUUUAGUGAACCCAAUAUAAUAGAGAAAGAGCGAGAAAGGGAGUGCGCGCAUGGAAUACUUGAUUUGUUCUGUGUGUGUGCCCGUCGCUCCCCCAAAUGAAUUGUUAAAACUCUCCAUGGUAAAAACAAAGGCGUUCAAGUAAAAAUGCACACUGUAAAACUGACGCCUUGGCUGCUGUGCAAGCAUCAAACGAUAUUUUAUCGUUAAUUGCAAAUAUAAAUAACCUCGAGAGAGUAAUAUACACACUAACAAUCUAUUCAUACGGACCGUUUGCAUUUUAUGCAUGCCUCCGUGCACAUUUACAAAAGAAGUGAACAAAAAAAUAUUACCCAACCGACAACAACAACAACAACAAGUCUCGAAAAACGAGAUUCGCAAAUAAAUGGAAAAUACGAAGAAAAAAACGACAGGAAAGGAAAAUAGGAUAGCAGCACCAACAACAGUAAUAUUAAUAAUAACGAAUAGAGAGGGAACGCGCUUUGACAACAGAGAAAAACUGUUGACUGCAACGCAAGUGGAAUGCAAUUCAGCAUUCGCUUCGAAAUACGAAGGGAAAUAAAUUUGUGCUGUGCGAAAUAAAAUCGAACAAGAAAAGAAAAAGAAUUGAGAGUCGCCGGAGAGCAAAGCAAAAAAAAAACGGCAGCAACACAAUUGAGUGAUCAACUGCACGGAAAAGUGCGGAAUUUAUGCGAAAAACUGAUUUCUUUUCGGUUCGGUCAACACUACAGCGGCCGAUUCAAGAGAAUUAAUUUCACUUUUUUCUGAUCUCCAUUCAGACAUAAAACCACCAUGGCCGGAAUGAAUUUCAUUAUUUUAAAGGUGAACGGUAGAGAUGUCAGUAAUUUGGCACAUGAAGAUGCAGUAAGUGAAUUCCUGAGAGCAGAUGAGCCAAUUUUAGUUUUAGUUAAACGACGUGAUGCGCAAUCAACAUCGAAUUCGAAUGUAAUUGGCAGUGGUAUAAAGUCGGCGACACCGACAAAUGAAAUGUCAGCAGCGACCAAAUUAUCAAGUGGAAAAUCAAUUCUAUUCGGCGCACCGCAAUUAGAUGAGGAGCAAAAAUCAAACGAAACCACGUCAGUCGCAAUACAAACGGAGCUGAUGUUGUGUGACUUUGAUAAUGAAUAUAUUUGUCAACGUAACGAAUCCCCAAUGAGAGUGGUCCCCACCAAUAAUUUGAAUGAUAUUGAAAUAAAUCACAGCGGUCAACGCAAUGGCAAUAAUAAUAAUAAUAAUAACAACAACAACGGGCUACAUCAUUCACUGCACCAUUGUGCCACAUUGCUGAACGAUUGUAUUGUACCACCUGAAAUAGAUAUCGAGGAAGUAACACUGCGUAAGAAUAACAGUGAUGAACGUAUCGGAUUAACGGUGAGCUACAGUUCCGGAAAUGGCUCCGGCUCAGGAUCAGAUGAUGCUGAAACAUGUACGGAGGUAUACAUUAGUGAUAUAGCGGAAAAUAGUAUAGCUGCAAGGGAUGGACGGCUACGGCAAGGCGAUCAAAUUCUACAAGUUAAUGGACGUGAUGUAUCGUCGAAAGAGGAUGCCGAAACACUAUUCUCAGAGAAUAAAAAUGCUGUUACGCUACUUGUUAGUCGAAGUUUCUAUACGAGCGAAGAAUUCUCACAGAGCGACAAUGAUAAUGCUGACUAUUUCGAUGAUUGUGAGCGAAUUCAAAAUACGAUGUACCAAAAUGGUUAUUUGCAGAACGUUUUUAAUAGUACCGCUUUGACUGGUUCAGCAUCGAGCGAAAUGAUAUGUGAAAUGGGCGCCGGCACCAAUGACAACAAUCAAAAUGUUUCUGAAUCGCUAAGCAAGAGCGUUGAUGCCAUUAAAAAUACCAACACAUUGUCGUCCAAGUCAUCCAGUUCAAAUCAAUCGGAACUACUAAAUCUAUUACCACACUAUCAACCGAGAUGGCAUCAUCAACUAAUGCAUUCGCCAUUUGCCGUACGAAAUCCAUUGCAUCCUUCGAUUAUCAAAGCACAUUUGGAAUCGGUGAACCAUGAAAUCGCCCAAUUAGACUCACGUAUUGAAAGUAUUUUAUUGAAACAACAUCAGGCAAUGAAUCAACAAGCAAUUGCCGAAGCGGCUGAAAUAAAUGCAUCGACUAUUUACCGAAAUCCCGUUGACACAAUGGUUAAUUCGAAUGAGAUCGAUCCAAAAUCGAAUGCAUCCACAACGGCUACAUCAUCAGCAAAUGAUACAACUGUGAUAAGUGCAUCGCCAACGGCAGCAGUAGACAAUAAAUUUUCAAGUAUGGACAUUUCGAAUGGCAGUGGUAAUACACAAACGGCAAACCCAAUAAAACCAUCGGCUACGUCACGUCGCUAUCCAACCCAAUAUCCACCGCAAAUCGAUUCAGAUACCGAGCACAUCUACGAAACAAUACCCGAAGAUUCCGAAUCCGAACCCAUUUAUUGUUCGCCAUAUCGAGGCGAAACGGACACUGAACAAAACCUAGUGCAUGAAUGGCUAAAUAUGAAAGAUGGAGAAAAACGGUGUAUCGAUGGUAAGCCCGGCAACUGGACACGUAGCACAAAAAGUAAUUCAAGUGUCGAAGACCACGAAAACAGCUCGAGCGCCUACAACACGGGCGGUUCAUGCAACAGUAAUCAUCAGUUAACGUUAGAAUUGAGCGACACAAACAAUGAUGAUGGCAACAAAACGCUUGUAUUCUGUCCCACAAAGCAUCUUCAACCGAAAUUCCCAGGACAACAGCACGAAUCAAAAUCACCGACCGUUCGACAGUCGAGCGCAGCUAUCAAAAAAGAAAAAGUGCUAAGCCCAACACAUAAUAAUCGACGUGCAGACUGUCAUAAUGAACACACCACCACAAGGAAAUCCAAUUCAAAUAAUCAAGAAUCGUCUGCUGUUCGGAAUAGCUCAAGUGCACCGAUAGCUGGCACAGGCAGCGGAGGGGAAACAAUGUACACGAAUUUGGCGAAUUUGCAACAGACAAUGCUACUACAGCAGCGAAUGUUUUUGCAAGCCCUAUGCCAGCAAAAUUCAAUUGUUAAAAACACAAAUCAAAAGAACAAUGAAGCAAACAACGAUCCAACCCAAAAACACUUUAUCGCUCCCAGUUUGAGUCAAUACCGAUUCGUUAGUGGGCAACAGGCAUAUACACAUACGCUUCAACCGCAACCGAGUGAAGAGCGCAUGGAAUGGAAAGUAAAGCGUCGACCUGAUGGCAGCAGAUACAUCGUCCGUCGUCCGGUGCGAAAUCGAACUUUACGUGCGGCUCGUGCAUCGAAAAUCAACGAAGAGCGAACCAAUGAUCAAACAACCGAAGAUGAUACAAUAUCUGAAGUGAAAAUGGGACGAUACUGGACGAAAGAAGAACGAAAAAAGCACAUGGAAAAAUCAAAAGAACGUCGACAACGACAAGAAUCUUUAAUUGCGUCGAAAAAUCAGCAAAUGCAUGACAUUUCACACGCGACACUCAAUCAAUAUUACCACCCUCAGCUACAACAGCCCACGCAGGCAACCAUCGUCGAUAAGAAAACAUUGAAAAAAAAGAAAGAACAAACACCAAAUGCGAUUGGAGCCACCACUCCGCAUGAAUCGAAUAUGCAAAUCAUACCAAAUCGUAAUAGUAAUGGUGCUACAACAAACGCUUCGGUUGACGUCUCAAAAUUAUCGGGAAUUCUCUCCGUGACCACAGUAUAAAUGUGCAUUUGAUGUUUUUUUGUUUGGCAUUUUCACGGUUUUUGUGGAAAACCCAAUUUGCAAAAUGUUUUCUAAUUUGGUGAAGAAGAACAAAGCCGACCGAUGAAAAUCUUAUGCACCAUUUGAACGUUGAUAAAUUGAAGUCGAAAGGAUGAAAUCCCUUUGGGUGGUUGAAGCACUAUACUGAACAUAAAUCACUCCAAUGCAAUCAACGAUUCAUUUAUCAUGAUUAUGAGAAUAUUAUGCUGUUAUCAUGACAACAUACUGUACGUAAGUCUUGUGCCGUAUUUAACAUUGAGAAAACCAAAACUUUUUGUAUAUGAACUAUUCAAUUUUAAAACAAAUAUGUUUAAAAAAAAUUUAUCGAAUUUUUAGCCAAGUAUAAAAGGAGAAUAUGUGUAUUAAAAGUAUGAACUAAAAUGUAUUUGGUUUUUAAUAAGCCAAUGCAAAAUUAUGAUUCACAAUACAAUCUAAUAGAUUUACAGCUUAAGUAUGAUUACAAAUUUAUUCACCUUGAGAGACGAAUGAAAGCAAAAAAGCAAAAAAAAAUCAAGCCAUUCAGAUGGAAUAUUCCAAAUACAGUCAAAAUAGGUUAUUCACCCAUUUCACUUAGCAAUUGUAGAAACUGCAAUCUUGUUUUAUUUUCAAAUAUAUGGGGGCAAAAUGCCAUAAAGAUAUAUUGAUGUCUCACAAUGACGAUAAAGAUUAAUUUUGGAAAUAAAUCAAAAUAUUUGAAAGC